AUGCUGCUAAAAGAGAUCUUAGUCGUUAUCUGCUAUUUGCUUUUUGGGUCGUGCCGAACUCAAACAGUACACAAAGGUGCUGGCAGUCAGUUAUAUCGCAAUCAUGCUGAACGGGGUAGCCGGAUAUUUGGUAACCCAUCGGUCCUUGCUGCACACGAUCAAAAUGUGCACGAGUGGGAUGUUAUAUUCUCUAGACGAGUCGGCCUCGAGGAACACUUAGCCGAUCUUGCUGCAGUCACUAAUAUACAACAGCUUACUAUCGCUGCUGAAUAUGACUUUAAUGACCCAUGCGACACCAUGCUAGCCAGAAUCUUCCAAGAACUAUUAACUCAUUCACAACUAUCUCGUCUGAUUCUUAAGAAUAUAAUAGUUGACACCUUUCCAAUGACUCUUAAAAACAACAGAUACAUUGAGCACCUUGUCUUUACAGAUAACUUUCGCUUAGCCGCGGAAGAAGCCAUCAAGGAGCACGAUUCAGCCGCCGAUUCAGCCACCGACCCAGCUAACCCAAAACCACAAAUAAGUCCGAAACAUGAUAAGAAGAAGAAAGAUAUUAUCCUGUUGGCCCUAAGUCUACCGCAACUCAAAAGUCUGCAUCUAGAAACCACCGGACUAUUAUUGGCCCAACCAGCUGAACCACUCCAAGGCCUCUCAACCCGACAAGUGCUGGAUUCUCUCACCGUGAUUAAUGGCGGUGUCUUCUUAGUUGAAUUUAUGCUAAAACGCAUUGCCUCUACUUCUAGGCUGGUUCUCAAAGGUAACGGUUUUAUUGGGCUUGAUGUUUUGAUGAACAUAAACAACCCAACUCUGUUUAAGAAGAUCACACACUUCGUUUUUAAUGAUGAGCCGUUUAUUCAACGAUUAGAGGUUGGAUUCUUUUCCCAACUGACUUCUCUUUCUAAUCUGUCCCUUCUUAACACCAAUCCUAAAGUACUAGUAAGCAGCGCCUUCUUUACAAAAGAGCUUGUUUUUGAAGGCAUCAUCUCUCUUGAUAGUCAUCUCUAUUUGCAAAUGGAGGCCAUUUACAACACAUUCUUGGAAACCAAAACGUCUAUUUUCGUGUUCGAGGUCUUUGAGGCCGCUAUGACUAAGAACAAUCUUGUCUUAGAGAUAAGUAGACACAUGGAACAGUACCGCGACAUAGUUACCGGCGAGCACACCGUUAUGCGUUCUAUUAAGAUUCACAACAGCAGGUUCUUGUUUAGCAUCCCAACUCUCCACAACGUUUCAGUGCUCCGACUCACCUACACGAGCAGCGAACGUCUUGGGUUCGUCGACUUUACACAGCUACUUAAAACAGUAAUGCACCGCGGCAAGCAGCUCGACUCUCUUGUUUUGCAGUUCACCAAGAAGGCAGUGGCGUAUGAGUAUGUCAACACUACUAUAAUAGAGCCAGGCGAGAACCCCAAGUUCUAUAUCAGCACUACUAUGCUAGAGACAAGCAAGAACCUCAAGUUCUUUGCCAUUGAAAACAUUCAAGGCUCCAAUAAAGCCGACAUAAAGGCAGUUCAGGGCAAAGUCAUUGCCGGUGAAGGCGACCCGUCCAUCUUCAUUGCCAAAGAAAGGAGUACUCUUCAAUCUUCCUGGCAAGACAUUCCAAAUCUCGAUUAUACGCUAUACUUGGUGGAUACAUACUAUCUUCCAAUUUGGUUCAACAAUACUUUCAGCCAACACCCGGAGAUUCUACUAGCAGAUUACCGUCUAAAUCUUCUACCACCGUCCACCACAAUAACUGUGCCACUUUUACUUACUAUUCUCAAGCAACUACAUCCGAAUGAGAGUCGGGCUAAAAAUAGCCUAAAAGCACAUAUCCAAUCACUAACCAACUUGUUUGAUAUGUGCCUGAAGUGUUUGAAACCCUUUGAUUCGGUGUCGCACAACCCAAACAACAGCCCUUUAAAGAGGUACUUUGUGGUCCUUUCUUGCCGCCACCAUCUCUGCCAGGACUGUAUCUUCCUCAUUCACAAGCCAGACGAAACUUCCCAUGCUAGUUUAUUCCCUAGCCUGAGCUCUGCCCUGUCCAAGCUAACCCAAUACAUUGCCAAUAGAGUAACAGGUUCCAGCAGCGAAAACAACCGAAAGUCCACCUUCAUCUGCCCAGUGCCAACCUGCGGUAAAGUCAGUAGCUACUAUUACAUUGAUAACAUCACAGCACUAUUGUUUGGUAAGUCCGGGACGCCAGCAUAG